AUGUCAACAGGUAAUCGACCUAAACCUAAUAUUCUUGUAACUGGAACACCAGGAACAGGAAAGAGUUUAGUAUGUUCUAUGAUAGCUGAAAGAACUGAUAUGAAUUAUGUUAAUGUAGGUGAUGUAGUGAAGCAAUAUGGAUUUUAUGAAGGAAGAGAUGAAGAAAUGGAUACACUUAUUUUAGAUGAAGAUAAAUUAUUAGAUUAUUUAGAAGAAAUUCAAAAAAAUAAUAAUUUUUUAUUAGAAUAUCAUUCAUCCGAAUUAUUUCCAGAGAGAUGGUUUGAUUUAAUAGUUGUAUUAAGAACGGAUAAUAGUGUUUUAUAUGACAGAUUAGUAAAUAAAGGAUAUAAACCAAAUAAAAUUGAAAAUAAUAUUGAUUGUGAAAUAUUUCAAAUUUGUUAUGAUGAAGCAAUGGAAAGUUAUCAACAUAAAUUAGUUUGGAUGUUACAAAAUGAUACUCCUGAACAACUUGAAUUUAAUGUAAAUUGUAUUUGCAAAUAUAUUGAGUUAUGGCCAAAAGCAUGGGGAAUAUCAGUAGAAGAAAUGCUUCAAAUACAUUAA